UCGCUUGAACAGAAACACAUUUUCACUGGUUGUGUCCUUAGCGGUGCUGAAGUUUGGUGGAACAAAUCAGUAAUGUAGGCAAUUUAAAUUGUAAUACAGUUUAAAUUGUUUACAUUACUGAAUUAGAUUACAAACUGUUCCCGAAUUCGGAAACCGUUAAUGAAAACCAGACUCAUCGGCGCCAUGAAGACAUAUUUUAUUAUCCUCUUUUGUAUUCAUGGAGCUUUAUCAGUGAAACAUUCCCUGCGCUACUUCUACACAACCUCCUCAGAAAUCCCAGCCUUCCCUGAGUUUGUGGACAUGGGGAUGGUGAAUGAUCAGGUCAUUAGCCGCUAUGACAGUAUCACGAAGAGGAAGGUCCCCAAGCAGAGCUGGAUGGAGACGGUUUUUGACCAGCAGUAUUGGGAUAGCACCACAAAGGACCUGAGAGGUGCAGAGAGCGUUUUCAAAACCAACAUUCAGAUAGCACAGAAGCGUUUCAAUCAAACAGGAGGCAUGCACAUUAGCCAGGACAUGUAUGGCUGUACAUGGGAUGAUGAGACAGGAUUCACAGAAGGGUUUCACCACAUUGGAUAUGAUGGACAAGACCUCCUGGCAUUUGACGUGAAGACAGCGACAUGGAUUGCCUCAGUCCCGCAGGCUCUCCACUCCAAAAUGAAGUGGGAAAUGGACCUGUCUAGCAUUGAGAUCAAGAAAAGCUACCUCACCCAGGAUUGCAUUAAGUGGCUGAAGAAGUACCUGGACUAUGGGAAGACUACUCUGCAGAGGACAGUCCCUCCCUCAGUGUCUCUGCUCCAGAAGACCCCCUCCUCUCCAGUGACCUGCCACGCUACAGGUUUCUACCCCAGUGGAGUCAUGGUGUCCUGGCAGAAAGAUGGGCAAGAACAGCAUGAAGAUGUGGAGAAUGGAGAGACUCUCCCGAACGAUGAUGGAACCUUCCAGAAAAGCACCCACCUCACAGUGACGCCUGAGGAGUGGAAGAACAACAAGUAUCAGUGUGUGGUUCAGGUCACUGGUAUCAAGGAGGACUUCAUCAAGGUUCUGACUGAGUUUGAGAUCCAGACCAACUGGGGUGACCCAGCCCCCAACAUUAUCCUCAUCAUUGGAGGGGUGGUAGCUCUCCUCCUGGUCGUUGUUGUCGUUGUCGUUGUUGUCAUUUGGAAGAAGAAGAGCAAGAAAGGCUUUGUUCCAGCCAGCUCUUCCGACACUGACUGGGACAAAUCUGGGCAAGGUUUCCUGUAAACUUGAGAAACCUCUGCACUUCUGUUACAUCAGAGAGCUGAAGAGGACAGCAACAGAAAUAACAAACAGAAACUUCCCAAGACUGUAACACACAUCAGUCUCACACACACACACACUGAACACAGAAUCCAUAUAUAAAACAUCUGUAGUCAGAAAUAGUCUUUGGUAAUUUCCUUAAGUUUUACUUUCAUUUAAUUGAUGGUUUGGCUUUUGAGAAGUUGUGAUGUAAUUUUGUGGAAUUAUGGAAUGUAAUAUUACAACUGUGUCAGAUGUAUAUUAGAACCGAUGGAACACUCGGCCGUACAGGUAAAUGUAGUAUAAGAUACAGUAAUUGUGUGAUGUUAAAGCUUUGCUCACACUAACUUGCCUAGCUUAUAGUUAUACAAUUAAACAAGGCCUGUCUACGUGUUCCAUUUGUACAUAUUUCACUUGAAGUGGUGGUAUUUUUCUUUCUUUUUGGGCGAGUAGGUUCUGUAGAAUAAGUUGGUAAUGGGUCAAAACAACUUUUUUUGCAAAUGUUUGUGCUUUGUACAUUAUGGAUGCUCUACACAAAGCAAUGAUCUACCAAAUCUUAUGCAAGUCACAUAUUCUUCAAGUGGAGGAGAGAUUGACUUCAUCACAGCUUUUAUUUAUGAGAGACUAAUAUAUCCUAUUCAAUUUCUAAUCCCAUUUGAAAAUGGCUUAAUAUGUUUUGCAUAUCCAAUCAUCAGAUGAAAUCAGCUGUCUUUUCAAUAGAAAAUAUCAUGUUUUUCAUUCUUCCCGAGUUGGAAUGUCACAGAAUUUUCUGAUUGUUUUGCAAAAUUCAGAGAAACAAAGUGUCAAGAUGGAUUCUAUAACCUGAGACUAUCUGAUAAACAGGCUAUGGCCUCUGCUUUGUCCUUCUUACUUCCAGGGGUAUGUGCCAAAUGCCUGUUUUCUGUUGACAAUAGCAAAGUCUAUGACAGGGUCAGAUAUUUAUUUUACCACCCAUUGUUUAUGUUAGGAUUGUGAGUAGGGUAAUCUGAUCCAAGAUUUGUUAUGAGGCAACUUUUUUUUAAUAUAUAUAUAUUUUUUGCAUUUUCCCCACUAAUGGUUAAGGGUAGGGGAAGCUGAUCCUAGAUCUGUACCUAGGGGAAACUUUACCACGGAGCGACAAAGACACCCAAAAGUCAUGACUCAUCAUGUGAUUCCUCUCAAUCAGUGGUGAGAAGAGUUAAUCUACCUAUAGAUGACACUGUGAUAUUGUUCAUCCUUCACUGUAGGCCUUUUGGACUGAUGGUUUGUCACUUUUGUGAUUCUUAUCAGGGUUUGAUUUGGUUUUCCCGUCAAAAGUACCGGAACACACUGGGAGUGGGCAAGAAUUCAGGAACACAUUUUCAUUGGGGAGAGAAAAUGAGUGUCCAAAGAUGACUUGGUUGGACUUGUAGGCUUGUUACUGUAGUUAUGGUCAAAGAGUUGUCAGCUAGUAUCCACUGGCUCUGUUCUAGUUCUUUCAGUAGCCUAUAGUCUUAAGGAAACAAAAACCCUUCUUAAAUGAAAAUGUGUCAAUGUAAUAGGCCUACGUCCCACUCGGCAGUAUGGAUAUGAAAAAACAUCCAUGUGUCGGCCAUCUUAUGAUUGAGGAUAGAUAGACAGAAGAUGGCUGUAUACUGAGGCUCUUACAUGAAAGGGUGUGGUAUUUACCUCAACACUGUUUGACACCACCUUCCUCUGUGUGUGUGUGUGUGCGCGCUGCUCAUGUUUGUCUCUGUGUGUGCGCGCGCUGCUCAUGUCUGUGUGUGCACAGUACUUUGAUUGCAUUUCUAUGCUGUAUUAUUUUAUUGCUGUGUUUUUCAAUGUGAUGAUAUAAAACAAUUUAAUAUCACAUGGAGCUAGAUCCAACAUGAUGCACCUCCUUCAAUGGGUCACAUCCAGUACGCCAAAUAAAGCUCUGACCUUAACCUGAGAUACAUGUAGCUCUAUUAUGCCAUUCUCAUAUUGAUGCAUUGUUCCACCUCUUUCACAUCAAAGUGAUCCUCCUCCCAUGUUAUUGAUUUGAGUCAAGGCCAUUGUCAGAACUAAACUUACAGCAUCAAGUUGUUGCAAGACCUUCCUGUAUUUAGGCCUACCACAAUACACUUGCAGGUUAUCUAAACUGUCUUGUCUUAAAUUAGAAAUACAGUACUUUAUUGUCAAUUGUCACAACGACACUGAUACUGUAUGUGUUUUCCCCCUUUAUUCCAAUUCAUCUGAUAUAUAUACAAAAUAAUUACCUUUCAACACAAUGUAGUGAAUUUCAUUGAUGGGGAAACUGCAACUACAUGAACCUGACAAAGAUCAAGAUGGCUUCUCAUUCACAAGUUUGGUUAUAAUGCAGGGUCUUUCUAUAGGGUGUAAGGACCUCUCAGUGAGGCGGUGGUCUCUUACUGUAUGUUUCUGUUUUAAGACCAUGUGUCUAUCAUAGACUUGGUAUAAUUACAUUAUGACUGUUAUAGACCAUUUUCUUCUGUUUCAGAUUAAAUACAGUUUUCAAUUA